GAAAGGGCUUUUAUUUUGGAGGAAGUUCAUUGACCACAGUCUGCCGUCGUUGUCGCUGUCAUGGCUUUCCUCUGCUCGACUGCUGCUUCGCUCCUGAAGACCUCCAGAGCAGCGCCGGGCCUCCUGUCCGCUGCCCGGCUCUACAGCUCAGGUCAGUAUGAGUAUAUUCUGGUGGAAAAGCGAGGUGACCAGAGUAACGUGGGUUUCAUCCAGUUGAACCGGCCUAAGGCUCUGAACGCUUUGUGUGACGGGCUGAUGAAGGAGGUGGGACAAGCCCUGGACGCCUUUGAAACUGACAGUGAAGUCGGAGCUAUAGUCAUCACCGGCAGUGACAGAGCUUUUGCUGCCGGAGCGGACAUUAAAGAGAUGCAGAAUCGAACCUUCCAGGAGUGUUACGGUGGAAACUUCCUGGCUCACUGGAACAGAGUGUCCACAGUGAAGAAGCCUGUGAUUGCCGCUGUCAAUGGAUUUGCUCUUGGUGGAGGCUGUGAGCUGGCGAUGAUGUGCGACAUCAUCUAUGCCGGCGAGAAGGCGCAGUUCGGCCAACCAGAGAUCCUGUUGGGGACCAUUCCUGGGGCGGGUGGCACCCAGCGGCUGACCCGUGCGGUGGGGAAAUCCCUGGCUAUGGAGAUGGUUCUUACAGGAGACAGAAUUAAUGCACAAGAAGCCAAACAAUCAGGUUUGGUGAGUAAAAUCUAUCCUGUGGACCAGCUGGUGUCUGAAGCUGUUAAAUGUGGGGAGAAAAUUGCUUCCAACUCCAAACUGGUCUCUGCGAUGGCUAAAGAGGCUGUUAACGCAGCUUAUGAACUGACUUUGGCUGAGGGUAAUCGUUUGGAAAAGCGUUUAUUCCACGCUACCUUUGCUACUGACGAUCGCAAAGAAGGCAUGACGGCAUUUGUGGAGAAGAGAAAGGCCAGUUUCCAGGACAAUUAGAAAAGAGCAGAUCGAGAGCUCGGCCAAGGACACAAAGGCUGCGUUCACACUGAAAGCCCUCGUGCUCAAUUCUGAUUUAUUGCUCGGAUGUGAUUUUUGUUUGGCUGUUCACAUUAUGUUUUUAAUGUGGCCCAUAUCUAAUUAAUAAUUCCAAUGUGAACAGGUCACAGUUCUGAAGUGACCCACAUGACAAACGUAGAUCUAUAGGGACAUAAAAGUCACAUAAAUGUUCACACUGAGGCCACAUUGCAACAUAACUACAUAAGUAGCUCAAAUCAGAAUUCAAAAGAUCAGAUUGAUUUGUGAUUUAUGCUGUUCAAACUGUCGUAAGUCACAUAUUAGCAAAAACAUAAUCAGAUUUGGGUCACUUUGGCCUGCAGUCUGAGCGCUGCCAAAGUUCCUGAUAUCAGCGGGUCAUUUCCUUAUCUGCAAUAAGUUUAAUGAUACAGAAAUCCUGAUGGUAGUGGAACAUACGCUGUUUGAAUUAGGAUUUGGCACCGAGUGAGUGUCUUAUUACAGUGAAGCCCUGCUGCCAGUGGAGACUCAGUAUCAAAAUCAAAUGCAGUCUGGUUGCAAGAGUGCAGGGGGUUUGUGUGUGAAGACCAUUUGAUAACUGUGUUAUAAUCAGUAAUUAACAGGGGGAAUCUAUCUUGAUGACUCUUACUGACUUUGCCUUUUCAUUUUCACUGUCAAAAGUUUGUCUGCAUUUCGUAGGCAACUUGUUUCUGUGUACAUUUUACAAAUAAAGCUCUAGGGUGGUUUUCAGUACUGUAACUGAGACAUGAACAGAAA